CCUCGCAGCCCGCGCCGGUGGUGAGUGCAAGGGGGAGAAAUUCAACUGCGUGAUCCGGAGGAGACAGUCGGAGGCAGCGGGACCUGCUCUUCUACGGGAUUAAAUGACACCAUUUUCCAGCCAGCCGGACAGAGAGUGACCGGAGAACAGGAAGGGAGCCUUGAUGUGGGCAGUAUGAGUAAGACGCCCCCUAACAGAAGAGGGAUUACAUUUGAGGUGGGAGCUCAGCUUGAGGCCAGAGACAGCCUCAAAAACUGGUAUGCUGGAAACAUAGAGAAGAUUGACUACGACGAUGAGAAAGUACUGAUACAUUACCGCCAGUGGAGCCACCGUUACGACGAAUGGUUUGAUUGGACCAGUCCCUACUUGAGACCCGUGGAGAGGAUUCAGCUGAGGCGGCAGGGCCUGCCGGACGACGCUCCUCUACCUGGCUUUCAUGUGAAUGACAAGGUCCUAGCCAGCUGGUCCGACUGCCGUUUCUACCCUGCUAAGGUCAUUUCAGUCAAUAAAGAUGCAUCCUACACUGUGAAAUUCUAUGAUGGUGUCAUCCAGACAGUGAAAGAAAUACAUGUGAAGCCGUUUAUUAAAGAGAGAGGCAGUGCUGGUAGCGGGAAGUCUCGCUCCUCUGAGAGGAACAUGGUUAGGAGGGCCCCGAACCGCAGAGACCGGAGGCCUCAGGAGAACGGAGGACCCAAAAACAAACGAGCCCGACGAAGCACGUCCGACCAGGAGGAGGACAGCAACAGUGAGGAUGAGGAUCACGAAGAGGGGAUGUCCAAUGAGAAGAGCAAGAAAACAGACGGUGAGAUCGAGGCUGCUCCCACCAUCAAACAGGAAGAGGACUUAUCAGAGCAAGGAGAUCAGUCUAUGGAUGCAGAAAAGGCAACAGGACUCCCAAAUGGAGUGAAGGUGAAGGAGGAGGAAGACGACAAACCAAAUGUUGACCAGUGUCGUGUAAAUGGAGAUUUGAAGGAGGAACCGCUAGAGACAGAAUGGAAAGGAACAAAGCCAUACACAGAGUCACCCAAGCCAUACACCGAGUUACCCACUCAGACGUCAGCAAAGACAGAGGAGGGGUCUGUCCCUAUGACAACCACAGAAUCGAAUGGAGACGAGGAGAAGAAACCAAACAUCCAAUCAGAAAGCUCUCAGCCUAUAGUGGAUGUGCCCCCUCCCCAGCCUGUGAAACCGGUGAGGAAGCAAGGUUUCCACAACCCCAACAGAUUCAGCAGAGAACCACUGUACAGAGUUAUCAAAAACCAGCCUCCUCCCGUCCUAUCCAUCAACCUCGACCACAACCCAUUUAAGUGCAGUGCUCCCGGCUGCACAAAGUCAUUCCGUAAGGCUAAGCUGCUGCACUACCAUAUGAAAUAUUACCAUGGCGAGGAGCAGCCUCUGGAGGAGGAGCGCAGCGUCCAGACCAGGGCCUCAGAGAAACCGACUCCAGCUACCGGUAUGGACACUCCGAAGAGAAGGCGCACCAUCUCUGCCUCUAUGCACUCUGUUGGCGGGGCUGUGCUUCCCCGUGGCGAGGUGAAGACCGCAGGCAGACGCACAUCAGCCCCUCCAGCAGUCAACACCCAGGGCCAUCAGCUCAGGGCACUGCUGAGGGAGAAAAGCAAGGAGAACCAGCUGGACAGGAAUGGAUGCCAGCAGCAGGACAAGGAUUUGGAAAGGAGUGGAUUUGACAUUGGGUCCGUAAAAGACAAACUGAAAGAGAAGCCGAAACAGAAGGACUUCCUCCGCAUUAAAUUAAAGAAGAAAAAGAAGAAAAAGAAGGCCAAGUCUGACUACACAGGUAGUGAGGAGAAUAUUGACAUCUCAGUAUUGGGUCUUCAGUCCAAAUUGCAUUUGCCACUCAAAACCCCCCCCCCACACAAUCACAAGCCUGAGGCCUACCCCGGCAGGCCUGGAUACAGCUACACAGAGCAGAUACAUGUGGAUGAUGAGGAUAGUAUCAGUGACUGGUCCACGGACAGCUGUGGGUGGAGUGACGAUGACUUUGGGUUGGAUCUGGAUGUCACCACACCUCCCCUGAGUGUGGACUCUGGUGCCGUGGACACCAGUGACCAGGAGAUAGUGCGAUGUAUCUGUGAGGUGGAAGAAGAGAAUGACUUCAUGAUCCAGUGUGAAGAUUGUUUGUGUUGGCAGCAUGGCACCUGCAUGGGACUGCUGGAAGAAAAUGUUCCAGACAGAUACACCUGCUACAUCUGCAGAGACCCACCAGGUCAAAGACAGAGUCUGCGCUACUGGUAUGAUCGUGAGUGGUUGAGCAAUGGUCACAUGUAUGGCCUCUCCUUCCUGGAAGAGAACUACUCUCACCAAAACGCCAAGAAGAUCACCACCACCCACCAGCUGCUGGGAGACGUACACCACGUGGUCGAGAUCCUCAAUGGACUGCAGCUCAAGAUGAACGUCUUACAGAGCAACACACAUCCUGACCUGCAGCUAUGGCGGCAGCCAUGGAAACAUAUGGAGAGGUCACUGACUGGCUUUGACUCAUGUCGGGGCAGUGACGCAGCUCCAUCUCCCGCGACUCCAGAUGAGGACAUGAGCAGAGGAGAAAUUUUAAUGUCAAACGCUUUGGAGAAACUGAGCCGUGCUGCUACAGCUGCCACCUCCACGUCAUCCUAUUCCUCCCCCUUCCCAUCCUUCCAAGACUCGUACAUUACCAGUGAACACUGCUAUCAGAAACCGCGGGCGUACUACCCUGCAGUGGAGCAGAGGCUGGUGGUGGAGACCCGACAGGGCUCAGAGCUGGAGGACAGCAUGAGAAGCACUGAGGAGCUCCUGGAACGGGAGCAGCGCUACGGGAGCCUGCUGGAGACAGACAAGCCCAAAUCAACAGCAAACAAUAACAAGGCUUUGUUGGGUAGCUCAUGGUCCCAGGCUGAGAUGAACGUGGAGGAUGGGAGAGAUACUGAAGAAUCUGCAGACAACAGCAGACAUCAUCAACAGUGGCAGAUCAAUCUGCUGGAUCACAUAGAUGCAGUCCAGGAUGAAGUCUCACACAGGAUGGACUUCAUUGAACGGGAACUGGAUGUACUGGAGAGUUGGCUGGACUACACCGGAGAGCUGGAGCCUCCAGAACCUCUGGCCCGUCUGCCUCAGCUCAAACACCGCAUGAAACGGCUGCUGACACAGCUGGACAAGGUGCAGCAGAUCGCCCUGGUCAGCUCCACAUGAGGGCGCCAGAGAACAGCAGAACCCUGGGUCACCACUCAGCAAACAAUGCAGCAGAGGAGAUGCGUGUCGCUCUCUCUCUCUCUCUCUCUCUCUCUCUCUCUUUGGCUGCAAAGAGAGAUAAAGAUAUUAAUGCAAGUUACAAGGCGCAGACAGUUGUUCGCCACAGUCUCUGACCUGAUUUCUACUGCUGUUCCUCCCUGUCUCUAAGUCUGUGGUGGAAUCUGAUGCUGCAGCGUGCCAGUGUCUCGUAUGAAUAUUCAUAUGAGCAUGCGUGGAAAGUUGGCAUCGUAAAUCAGGAUCUAACACAAAAAGUAACCUCGUAAAUGCAGGAGAAAAUCCUUAGGACCACAUUACACUUCUAUGGUUCCCAAUGCAACUUUAAACCUUCUGAAUGCCUUUUGUCUGAGCUACUGCUUAAAGUUGCCCUGUCUCUCAGUGCACAGUGCUUUACAUGCAGAAGCUUUAUAUUCGAGAUUGCAAUCGAGUUCCUGAAUGAACCUACACGGCCUCUUUGCAAUAGGUUUUUCCAAUGGUCACUGUCUUUUGCAUUUACCUUAUCCCAAAGUUCAGUUUUGGUCACCUGAAAUGUCAUGAUACAUUAAACAUUUUCCUCUAAGUGUGGACACGUAGUAACUUGAAGACAUCCUGUAUGUAAUGACGCUGCAUAAGCAGAUUCUACAAAUAAUUUGUUCUGUUUUUGACCUCGUUGUUUUACACUGCACUGUGAAGUUAUUUUUGUCUGGAAUCAAAAAGCAUCUUAUUUUCAGCUUUAGAGACGCUAACAAGUGUGAUUUCUGUUUUGUCUUAAACUGUAAUUCUUCUUUCCUAACGGUUCUCAUUAUCAGUGAGUCCCCAGUUUUAUCAGUUAAGUCUUUGUUUUCGUCAAUGACCCGUAACCUGACUUCGGUUCACUCUUUGCAUUGUUGUUGCUGUGGCACUUGACUGAUGAUUCACUGAAAAGUGUAAUGUAGGCUUGUCUCUUAUCCUCGCAUCUUGUGCUUUGUCAAAUGACAAAUACUACUUAAAGGACAUGUAAAAUUAUUUUUCUGUUCUGUUUCAUCUGUUUUAUUUUGGCUGUUUGUAAAUAUGUUAUUCAAAAAUGUGCUCUUCUUUAUUGAAAACAUUCUCCAAAUACAGAUAUUGUAUGCUACUGUACUGUAAGUGUCUGGCGUAGAAGCAGGGAAAAUGUCCAAAACAAUGCAAACAGAUUUGCUGGUACAUAAAUAAACUUAUCAUUGUUAUUAAUCACUA